AUGACGACGGAACAUGAUUUAGAACGUUUUUGUGCACGGUUCGGAAAUGUUAUCGAGUGCACUAUCUUUCCAGUGGAUGAAAUAUCGAGAAAACGUUCCGGUUAUGUUAAAUUUGCUUCGUGUCAUUCCGCCGAGAAAAUGUACCAUCAAUCCCGUGACACACCAUUUUCGAUCGACCAAUCAACGCUUGAUAUCGAACUCGGUCGUGGAGCUUCUAAUCUAUCAACGGAUGAACAUAAAAAGAAAAUCCUGACUAUCUUCAAUAAGAAGUCGAGUCAUUCGUCAACGACUUACAUUUUACAUAUUGAAGGUCAGAUAACAAACAACGAAGAAUUAAUCGAGUAUUUAAAGAGUAAACCGUUGAGUAUCAAGUUUAUCGAACAAGUCGAUGAUAAUGGAGGUAUUGUCAAGAUGGGUGCACAAGUUACAUACAAUGAUAAAGAACUAGUCGACCGUAUUCUGGAACAGAAGGAUGAAAGAUAUAAGACUAAAUUGGUAGCGACAAAAACUUCCAAUAAACGUGAACAUGAAAGUCAACCAUCGUUGUAUGCAAAGCGUUCGAAAUUAUCUCAAAGUAUUCAUUCUUCCAUCGAUUUUCACCUUCGAAGUAUAACUAAACUUACGCGUGAUCUUCACGAAGAGAACGAACAUUUACAAAACGAUAAAAGCGUGUUGAAAACAAAUGUUCGCGAGCAAACAUCGAAGAUCAAACAAAUGGAAGCGGAAACGGCGGAUUUAAUCGAAUCAUCGAACAAAGCUCACUGCAUCGCGAAAUGUAUUGCUGAGAAGUACAAACUACGAGAAGAAGAGUAUCAAAAACAUAGCGACAAUUCGAAUAAAGUUAUUUUGGAACUCGAGACAUUGCUCAAAACAACCAACGAACAUUUCAGUAAAGCAAAAGAAGAAAUCCAAUAUUUAACGAAUCAAGUCGCAUCGCUCAAAAGACAAUUGGAAGAAUCAACUAACAGACAGUCUCCCAGUAUUCGAGAGUAUGAAAUUGAACAGUUUUUCUUAGCUGUAGAACAAUAUUUGACAUGA